CCCUGGUUCGGCUCGGGCCGGGCCGGGCCGGCGCGGCGCGGCGCUACCCUGCUUGCCGCUGCUUGCCGCUGCUUGCACACUGCCGCCCCCCGCGGCGCGGCGUGGACCGGACCCCUCGUCUAUCACAUCACUUGGGGGAGCCUGCUAUCGAGCGAUGUGCCGGCGGCCGGUGCCGGCUGAGGUGUCGGCGGCCCGGGGCCGCGGGGCCCCCGAGCGUCGCAUACCUGGGCGGACCGCCGGCCAGACCGCCGCCGCCACCACCGCCGCGCCCUCGCCAUUGUGCCGCCAGGUCAAAGUUACGCCGACCGAGUCGUGUUCGGGACCCGCAGGCAUCCCGAGUGUGAUCCGCGCAGUGGAGGCGUGCUAGUGCAGCACGGCGCCCUCGCCUCGCCACCCGCCGCCGCGUCAGCUCGCCGUCAGCGUCCUCGAGGGCUCCCCCAGCCACAGGUGAGGGCCAUACAAACUCCAGCCAGCCAACCAGAGCGCUAGCGCGCCAGCGCGCCAUGCCGGCGGUCGCGGUGGCCACCUCCCCGGCGGACGCAGGCGGCGAGGAGUACCUGUUCGACCGCACGGACGUGCGCGCCGUCUUCAUCGCCCUCUACACGGCCGUCUUCCUCGUCUGCUUCUUCGGCAACCUGCUCGUCAUCGUCGUGGUCUCGCUGUCGCGCCGAAUGCGCUCCCGGACCAACCUCUUCCUCGUGAACCUGGCCGUGGCAGACCUGUGCGUCGGCGUGUUCUGCAUCUACCAGAACCUGUCCAUCUACCUGGUGCAGAGCUGGGUGCUGGGCGACGUGGUCUGCAAGCUGUACCACUUCGUCCACAACCUGAGCUACACGGCGUCCAUCUUCGUGCUGGUGGUGGUGGGCGUGGAGCGCUACCUGGCCGUGCUGCACCCCAUCACGUGCCGCGCCAUCCUGCGCCCCGCCAGGCUCAGGGCCACCAUGGCGUGCGUCUGGCUGGCGGCCGCCGGGCUGAGCGCGCAGCGGCUCUACUGGGCGCAGACCGUCACCGUCGACCUGCCGGGGCUGUUUGAGGAGAUCAUCUGCAUCUCGAACCGGCACAAGUACGACCAGAAGCUGUGGGACGUGGUGACGUUCGUGCUGCUGUACCUGCUGCCGCUGUCCGCCAUGGCCGUGCUGUACGCGCGCAUCGCCGCCGUGCUCUGGGGCUCCGGGCGCGGGCUCGCCGUGCGCCAGCCGCGCGCGCGCCGCAGCGCCGUCAGGCUCACCGUCACCGUGGUGGGCGUGUUCGCGCUGUGCCACCUGCCGCUGCACGCGCGCCGCCUGUGGCAGCACUGGUCGCCGCUCUACCGCGGCCCGUCCACCUUCUCGGCCGUCUUCACGCCGGCCACGUUCCUGGUGGCGUACGCCAACUCGGCCGCCAACCCCAUCCUGUACGCGCUGCUGUCGCGCAACUUCCGGUCCGGGCUGCGCGACGUGCUGGGCCUCAUCCCCUUCCGGCUGAGGGGGCGGCGCGGCAGCGGCAGCAGCAGCAGCGGCAGCGACGGCAGCGGCGGCCCGGCGGCCGGGCGGCGGCGGCACCGGCCUGCGGGCGGCAGCAUCCUCAGCCGCACCGUGGCCACGGCCAUGACGGAGCUGCCCACGCUGCGCGACCACUCCUCGCUCGACCUCGCGGCCGAGCAGCGCCUCGUCGCCAAGGAGGAGCGCUUCACGACGGUCACGGCGCUGCCCGGCCUGCUCCUCCAGCAGGGGCACCCCGCCGAACAGGGCGUUGGGCUCAUGGCCAUGAACAACAUGGCCCUGGAGCACGACGACGAGGACGAGGCGUGAGCUCGUCGAGUGACUCGGGCACGCCUCUAUGCUGAUGUGCAUUCUUUUGUUCCCUGUGAGCACCCCCCACGUCUGUGAUUUCGAAACACCGUGAACUAAACCGCGCCCGUCGGCAAGUGUUUCCUCCGCCUUCCUCCAAAUAUUUGAAUGAACCCUCCCUUCAUAAGACUUACAAUUUGGGAAAGUAAAUGAGACCAAAUGUCAUCACCUGGUAUGUGUACAGCAGGGAUUGAAAACUUAACAUUUUGGGAGAAGUUUUGCGUGUACAUCGCGCAAGCCACUUGUGGAAAACAAAGUGAUCCGUAGUUUUAACCUUUCUGAAAUUGAUUUUUAAAUUUAAGCUAUCAUAUUAUCGCUUUUGUUUUACGAAAGACGUUUAAGAGAUUGAGACAUCAAAUAUUCGAAAUGUUAGGCUUGUAACCCUGUGCGUGCGCCACGAUGCGAUGCGACGCUAUUAUUUAGCGUUACCUACUCAUGCACCCCCCCCCCCCUCCUGCGCCCCGCCUAGCUGUAGGGGAGUGGGGCGCCGCGGAAGUGCUCUUCCUGCUUCCGAGAGGUAAGGGGUACGAAUCAAAGCAAGGGAAAAACACGACAACGUACUCAGGCACCUGCCCGGGUCGGGUGCCGCGGAGCAGUACGUAAUGUCGCUGAGUUUGGAAAGUCACGAUUCCGAGCUCCUCUCCGGGCGGCAGCAGGCGGAGCGCGGCGGGACGGGGCGACCGGAGGCGCGCAGGGACUAUCCGGGAAAACUUCCCCGGCGUGAUCGUCCGUGAUCGCCUUCCAGCAAGUGUUUGCCCAAAAGAGGGGUUGGAGGAGGACCCCCCCCCCCCCCCAACUCCACGUCCCCGAACGGUGGCUUUUGUUUGCCUUGCCUGACAAAAAGCGGCCAUUUCGACUCGAGGACUUGGUCCCUUUCGGCGUGUUGCUAAGAUUGUAAAGAAAAUGUUUUAGAUCAAUUCGAUUUUUGGCCCGUGUUGCUGAACGACUUCAAAUUUAAAAAUCUUACGGAGAAUUUCACCAAAAGUCUUAGUGAAGUCGGCAGCUCUGUAAGUUACGGUCUUGAGCUUGAGCGGGAGCCUCAGUGAAUGUCACUAGCAACGGAAAAUGUCACUGCACCUGCACCAGCAGGGUGCAUAGCGGAUCACUGUAUCUUACUGCAAUAUUCACCGUAGCUAUCCUGGAAAUUUACCCUAAUUUACAGUGUUGCAGCGUUCACUGUAGCUCACGGUGAAAUUCAGUGAAAGCUUUUACUAGUCGGCAAAAUGUCAGCUUUGAACCCUUGUUUCGAAAUUGAAGGAGACUUUUUUUUACCUGGGCUUUCUAUUGAUGUGUUGAUACAUGUACCUCACAAGUUCAGUACUCUGCUGCAAGACAAUUUGACACAGUCCAGUACAGAUUAAACGGUCAGUCUUUUUACUGUUGCAGUUUAACUCAAAUGCCUUAAUUUUGCAGUUAAAACUUUGUCAUGUUUUUGCACGGUGUACUCUGUGGAGUAUUAUCAGUACACCCCUCAUUGAAGGCUAUGUUAAUAUAUGCCCCGAACGCAGCUUCUAUAACACAAGUUGAUUGAUUUGUUCACACCGUCGUGUUGUGAUAGUACAGGAGGUUCGGAGAUAUUUUGUGAUAAAUUAUUGUCAAUAAAAAAAUAUUUUACGCGCAGUAAAA